AUGGCUCCUCCGCCGCGUCCCAGUCCCGGACAGCGACCCCUCGUCGCCAGCGAAGGCAUCUCGGACGACGUGCUCGCCAACUCCAUCACCAUCCUUGAGGCCCUCAAGGAUGCUGCAAGCGCUGUCGGGGUCGUCCCCUUCCUCGGCGGCAUCAUCGCCACUGCACUCGGAAUCGCGAAGGCCGUCGAGCAAUCGAGAGCGAACACAGACGCGUUCGUCUUUGUCGCUGAGCGCGCGGCCACCCUCGCCGAGUACGUUCAGGAGAAGACUCUGGGCUCGAACGGGGGGACGAUCAGCACGGACAUGCAGGUCAUCCUGCAGGAGCUACACAGGUCGGUGCUUCCAUCGUGCUCGUGGAACAGCUUGGUCAUUCUCUCCGGACACAGCGCGCUUGUGAAAGUACAGCACACAGUCAAUCGAGAGCUGCAGAGGGGGCGCAUCCACCGUUUCUUUCGACGUGCAAAGCUUCGCGGUAAGGCGCAGGAAUGCCUACAGAAGCUGGAAGAUGCUUGGCACUCUUUUGACAGCGCGAUCCUGGUGCGACUCGAGCGCCAGGUUGAAUCGCUUCAACGCCAGGGUGAAUCCCUUCAAGGAAAAGUUGAAUCGCUUAAGGGCCAGGUUGAAUUGCAAGCUACAUUCGAACCCGGGUGCUUAGUCAGUGCCUCCGCUCUUCCAACUACAGCGUUAUUCUCACAGCUGCUGUCAGAUAUACAGCGCACAGAAGCCCACACGAAGAUACCGUACAGAACCAGGACCCACCACGGUUAUCAAUACAGCGCUAUAUUGGGUACUCGUCCGGUGACAGUGCGCACGUAUGGUCACAAGCUCAAGGAUAACGUUUUCGAAAGCAUCCAAAUGUACUCUGAGAACAAUCACGAGUCCCACGAAACCUUCAACAACGUGAUCGCUAUGGCUUACCCUCAUGCUGGAGUCCAAUUCUAUGUCCUUGACGGUAGUCUACGAAGAUCUAUAUUGACAGACUUUGACAGUAACGACCCUGUGGUUUGGAUUGAGAAGCUUUGUCAGCAUGACGAAACAGUGAUUCCUGCACACAAGGGUCCCUGUUUACCUUCCGCCGGAAUCGAUUCGCAUGGUCAGCUCAUUUUUGAUGUGCAAGAUCUGGAGCACGGGAAUGCAUCCUGUCUAUUCACAUGCAUCUAUGGCCUAUAUUCAGAGGCGUGCGACUAUGUCUCUCGUUCUAAUCUCUCUCGUCUCUGGGAUUUCGUCGCCAGACAGAUACCGCUCCACAGCCUAGAAAUCGCUGACAACGAUGCCAAGCCGGGCGACUAUGGCUACAUUACAAAUCACCCCGACGGCCCCCGUUUCGCAUACCUCGGAAAUAUCGAUGAUGUCUUCGAAUCCUCAGUCGAUAUUGUUGAGGAAUUUACCAUUGUCCCAUCCCAGAACGACCCGGGUCGUUGGUGCAUCGGCCAGGUUUUCCUAUCCGGCAUACCAGACGACACAUACGACAAAUUCUUCACCAACCACGCACUACGUCUGUCCCGCCUACAUGGUAUAGACCUAUCGGAUCUCUUUCUCGUCCAAUGCCGCAAUUAUGGGGCGUGGGUGUGCACUGGCGAAGAUCACACGCAUGGUACACACACAACGGCGUGGCUUCACAAGCAGCCACUUGACGAGCACGGUGUGCCCCACAAGCCGUGGGCGUACUGGUCCUUUGAUGAGGAGCCAGUGCCCGUAGGACACCCGCCGCCAGACGUUCCACAGGGCCCUGGAUGCUUCUGGGUGGAACCGCCAAGGUUGUAUGCCAGCGGUCUCGGUCCGUUUCUUGCUCGAAUGAACGUCAUGCUGGCGGAGGCCAGCGAACGUGAUCGGCACGAGUACCCAAUAUCCCAUAUCGCGCUCGCGGCCCACGAGCGCGCGCCGCAGGAGACGAGCGAGACGUGGCCCGGCGAGCGAGUUGAGCUCGCGAGGUCGGUGCGGGAAGGUCGAGUCCAAGCGUGCCAGAAGAUAGCAAUCGGCACGAUCUUGGUGUCUGUGCCGGCGCCGUCCGGGGACGGUGGCUCCAACGCACUGCCGUCCCAGCGCGCAGUCCGGGUGCGAGCUGCGUCCACAGCCUGGCGCGGUGCGAUCGCUCAGCGAGAACGGGGCGGAGCACACGAAGCGCAGCUGAAACGCACCGAGCCCGCCGUCUUCUGUAGCGCGAAGGCGAUGGUGCGGCGCGCGUCGGCCUUGCCGCCACCCGCAGUCAUCCGCGCCGCUACGGUGAUAGGCCCGAGCGCGUUGAGAUUGACGGUGUCGGCUAGACGACGGGCAAGCAUUCGGGGGAGUCCAGGCUGCGGGGGGAGCACACGCGAGGAAGCGGGGCAGCAUUUGGGGAUGAAGUCAGAGUACGCAGUUGGCGGGCGGGACACGGCAGUGGAUGCGUACGCGGUCAUCAUCAAGGUUGCGUACACUGCACGGGUGCGGCACGGAGCGAGGAUGGGAUGGAUGAGCGGCGGGGACGGGAAGGUGGAAUGGCGGGAAAGGGAGUGGUUGGGGGUGGAAUGCGGUCCCAGCCUUGUCAUCAUGCGAAGCCUUCAGUUCGGGCCGUCCCUCCCGCUCCCCUUCCCUCGAGCGCUCACGGCGGAGGCGCGCCCCAUGCGCUCUCCGUCCCUGCCUCCUCACCCGCCCUCUGCUCUGAACAUGGCCACUGUAAAUACGGCCGCUGCUCCCUCGCACCCCGCAUCUUCUCCGCUGGAAUGGUGCGCGACGCCCUCUUCCACGAAGCUCCGUCCGAAUAACCCUGCAUGCAGCUCCUUCCUGAGCCCUCGAAAAUCUCCGCGCCCGUCACGCUCUUCCUCACGGGCCAAACUUUCGUCGCCGCCUCCACUGACGCGCUCGCGGAAUGAUCGGCCUACUUCGGCAUUCCCCAUCAUGGACCACCGCAGCAGGAACUUCUCCUUCAACGCCCUCCGAGACGCCAUGUGCAUCGGGAGCACUCUGCCGUUCGCCACUACUUCGCUCCGGCCCCAGACCGUCGCGGCCCACAAGCGUGCGGCGCAGCGGACGAGAGAGUCGCUGCUGGCGAACGAGUUGAGCGAGAUCGAGCUCUCGAGGUCCGCGGCGGGCGGGAUCCUCAAUCGGCCGGUUGGGGCGCAGGGCGAGGCUUGCAUCUGGGCCGAUGCGCCUGAUGUGUCCGACGCUGUGGGCGUGCCGGUGCCGCUACUCUCGUUCGUCGUAGCCGACGAGGUGGGCGUCGUCACCGACUGGCUGUCCCCAGGGUUCGCCGCCGUCGACGACGUCAGGGCGUUGGUGUGGCCCUGGUUGACCGUGACGCCGACGGCGCCGCCCACGACGGCAGCGACGAGAAAGAUCAGCAGUCACUUGCGGGUCUUGUACCACGGCCGUGCGGGGGCGGGGUACGCCGUGCCCGCGUGCCCGUCCUCCGCCUUCGCGGCCUCGAGCUUGGCGGGGCGCGCGCACGAGCCUUCGUAUCCUUCCCGCGGGCGUGCGCGGGGAGCACGGCCAGCGUUCCGCCUUCAGGGGUAA